AUUUUGGUUUCCAAACCUGUGUCACAAAUAUGCUUGGGAACUUAGGGAAGAAAAGAAAGAAAGAAAGAAACAAUGCUCUUAUUCAUGACAUCAGAUCCAGCUCCAUGGAAACAUGUUGUGAUGACAAAAACACACAGAGAGAGAUUGCAAGGUCAUAAGUCACACUCAAAAGAAGAGGCAAGAGAGAAACUGUAAGUUUAAUGAAUAACAUGUAUCAGCCUCAAAAGGGAAGGUGGAAAGCAAAGAGCAACAAAGCACCUGAAGUUAAAUACCCUCCAAAGUACUUCAGAUCCAUUUCAUCUUCAAGUGAAGUAGCUCUUCAAGAGUAGAAAGUUCCAGGGGGCUCACUUUGCAAGAAAUCGAGGGAAAUCACAUAUAUUGCCACUGAAAAGGAAAGAUUCCACAAUGGAUCUGUCAGGAAUAGCAAGGAUCUUUCCUCUCCUUGCUAGGAAGUUGCCAGCUUUUUUCUAGAAAGUAGGGAUGGUGUGAUUAUUCAUUAUUUUCCCCUCCCAAUGUGAAACAUUAAAUAUUCUCUAUUGCACAUGACUGUCAUGAACAGGCAGGCAGGUUGAGAAUUGUGAAGAAUCAUUUAGGUUUAGGUUUGGAGGAUGCUGAAAAAUGCUAUUCUAUUUGGUGGGAUUUUAUCAUAAAUACAAUAAACACACAGGGUACAAUGUGAAAUUUGGUUUUCCUAAUGGUCUUAAGUAUUCAACUGAUUUAAGUGCUGAUUUUUUGUAUUUGUAUAUCUAUUAUUUUUAUUGCGUUGUUUCGUAUGACUGGCCCAGUUGUCACCAGGGCACCAGAAGGCCAGAGGUAAGGAGACAGCUGGCAGUGGCAGCAGGGGGCGAGGGCUGGGCACCCCCAGAAAAGAAAUUGAGGGUGCCCAGGUCCCUCGGGCCCCCUAGAGUUUGUGCCCUCCCAAAGGAGAAGUGCCAGGGCUGCAUUUUUUGACAUUUUAGGAAAGUUGUUAGAAAUCUUUCUCUUUCACCAGGCCUUAUCCUAGGCUCCUGGGAUUCCAGCACUGUAGACUUGGCUUCCUGCAUUUACCAUUAUUGUGUUUUAUGGAUUUAAAUGUUGAUGUUUAAUUGAUUUCCAUUCCUGUAAUUUAUUGUUGUAAAUGGCUUUUUGAAACAUAGGGCCCUGCAAAAAAAACACACACACACAAAAAAAACACCCAGCCCCACCUCCUUAAUUUCACCAGGGGCCAUUUACUGACACUCCAGAACCAAGAUGCCCCAAAUUAUAGCCUUCCUUCAGACCUAAGUGGCCCCUUAAUUUGACUGAUCUUCUGUUCCUACAGCCUCUGUUUCCAUUGUGUUGUCAUCCAGCCAAAAUGCCUCCUGUUAAUGGUUCUGUGCUCCAACUGUUCUCUUUUACAAGGGAGAGUCUCUGUUUUUGGUUACUGGUAAAUCAUUGUUCAUAUUUUGUUCCUAUUUUUGCUUCAGGUAAGAGUUGUUGUUGUUUUUACCUAAGCACCCUCAAGGUGAUUCACUUUCAAAAUUUUACCAAAAAUAGCCAGCCAGCAGUUUUUCACCGGUGUAUGUAAUAACAAACAGACGCUGAAUGGAAAGGCUAGUUUUGUUCAAAUGCUUUUUGCUUUGCUCAGUAUCCUUCAAAUGUUUACCCAAAAUUUGUCUCAAAAUUUCAUUUUUGUAUACCUUUAGAAACACGACUGAGUCACAGGGCAUGUGCAAUUUUGCGACCCACCAAGCCAAAGGCAGCCCACCACAUCCUCAGCAUUUCUCAGUAUCUAGUGAAGUCUGUGACUGAAUGCCUCAAUAAAUUUGCUAUGAUUUAAGGCACUGCGAGAUUCUUUGAAUCCCUUCUCUUUUGGCUGGCUGCCUAGAGCUUCAAAAAUAGGGUGGAGGUGGGGACAAAGGGUUGCUUACCACCUGACUGUCUGCAGUUCAGGGCUGGUGGUCUGUAUUUUGCCUGGCGAGUCCCAGGCUGUGCACACUUGGUUUGGAGAGUCGAAGGCUUCCAUCAGCGUCACACGUGGUAGCAGGGGCUGCGGAGUCCUUACCCCAGGGCUUGUCAUGUGCUUGUUCAUAAGAAAAGAAUCACAGGGUCAUGGUGCUUUAAUCGGUUGGGUUCUGCUUUUCCUCUUUCUUCCUGCGCGUGAAAGACAUAACAGGGAACUACCAGAGCAGAAGUAAGAUGUGUUUUGUUAGUUGUCUGAAGCCCUGGGGCCCGGAACCGGAUAAGUCCUGAUAUUAUGCCUGGAUUGAGCAAAAAAUAAAUCCAUUUUGUUUCCUACAAACAUUUAGCCAUUAAAAAAAAAUAUGACAUAGAAAAACAGGCCUCACUGUCUGCAUGCCUUCUUGUAAAGCUUGCAUUGUGGAAGUGUCAGAAGCAUUAGCUCAUUUGGCAUACAUUUUGCAAGCUAAUGCUUCUCCUUUAAUUCUCCCUGGGGACAACAUGUCUGCUUUCCAAAUAAAAAGAAAAAAACAGGCUGAAGAAGGUGAAGGGGUGUUGCCACAGAACCUGCUGCUUCUCUAAUGAUAUAUAUGAUACAUACCUACUCUAAUCCAGUGCACUAAGAAACCUUAGGGUGUGCUUAUAAGGUCCUUCAACAUUCUUUGGGUGCAUCUGAAAAACAAUCCUAUGUUGUAAAAGCUGCUAUACAAAAUAUGCAGAACUGUGUGUUAGAAUGCUGGGCAACACAACUUCAGAUUAAAGAUGAGGUACAAUUUUAGUGUAAUGAAAUAUAAUAAAAGAAACAAAUGUAAUAAACCAACAUGCCUGGGAGUCACCGGGGAUACUUUGCUGAUGUGCUAGUUCACUACAUGGGAGCAGGGAGACUUUUGUUUCAAAAGGGAGAGCAUUAAAGAAAAUGACACCCCAUAUUGGAUCAGUAGUGGUGCAGUCGAAAUGCCUACUUGGAUGUCUUGAGAAGAUGGUGAUGAUUUUAUUAGCCCUCACAAGUCACCUAAUCUUUUUCCUAAAUGCCGUGGAGAUACUGCAGUUAAGGCAGACCCUAAUCCUAGACUCUCCAUUUGCUUGGUGUGAGGGGAAAGGAAAGAGGGGAGUAAAGCACGGGAGCAGCUGCAAGUCCGUUGGCUGGCCUUCUCUUGGCCCUUGGUCCCUUGGACAGUGGCAGGGGCCAGAAUGGGCCUCUCUCCUCUCAGCUCAACAGAGAUCAGAUAAUAUGCCGAUUCACACUUCCCACCGGUAUCCUUGCAAGCCCAGAGAAGCCCAGAGAAGUGUAGAUUUCCAUGAGGAUGGUGACAAGCCUUUUCUUAAGUCUCUUCACAGAGUUCCUAUCACCUUUCUGAGUCCAGCGCAACCUUGCUCAACCUUAUGAUUCUGUCCUUAUUGCCACAAUCACUCUGCUCAUUACCUUCACUCCUCCAGUUCUACCACUCUCCUGUUGUCUUAAGCACCCCCUCAUCCACCCCCACUUUCUUCCUCCUUUCCCCCCACUCCUGGCCAGAGAAUGGCUGCAAGUUGCCACUUCUCUUCCUUCACAGUAUCCAUCUUUCCCAUGAAGAUUUUGACUGACAUUUUCAGUUCUCGCUCAAAAUGAAAACUAAGCCUAUGCAAAAUGAAUUUAAUUUGGAUGGAGCCAAUCUGUAUUAUUUUUGCUUCUCUCCCCUGCCCCCCCUCUGCCCCUCUUAUCCCUCCCACUGUUGCAGUUUAUCUUGUAAGCUCUUCAGGGCAGAGAGCUAUCCUUUUGUACUUAUUCUGUAAGGCACUAUGUAAAUUGAUAACACUAUAGAAAAUUGAUAGCUAUAAUAAUAAUGCUUUAUACCUCAAAUCGUCUGAAUUCAAAUAUAGUUAAAACUCCAUGCUCAUUUUUAAGAGAAAGAUAAAUGCAACAGGAAUUAAAGGGUAACGCAGAUGCAUUGCAAAUUGCACACAUCUGAGCAGACAUCUUGAUCUCAGUCUACCAGGAUUCCCCCCCACUAAUCCUUAUGCUAAGCAGCAUCAAAGCUGAAAUCAUUCCUAAAACUGGAAAGGAAUCCCUUCCCUUUUAAACCAAUCUGGUGAAAACACUGUCAUUUACCUUUGCUGCUAUCCUUGUCUUCCUUCCAGGCAGGUCACAGAAGGGAACCCUUUCAAAGGAGCCCCAGCAUAGUAGCAGCCCAAACCUCAGAUGGAAAGCGUUGAUGUUUACUUCAUUGAAUGCAGCAGCACAAUGUGGAAACCACACAUUUUAAAAACCCAACUUUCGCUACAACUCUAUAAAUCAGCCCAGAUGCAUUUUGAAAUGUUUCCCAAGGUCAGCUGAAAAAGUUUUCUGCAAGCCUAAGAAAACUCUUUGGAUGAACA